CAAAUUUGAUUCAGUAGAAUUAAAAAGCAUUUACUAUAAAAUAUAGUAAGGAGAACGACAGUUUCAGAUUCUUAGCAAUUUUAUUAUCAUUAUCCUCUAAAAAUCGUCAUCGUGACGAAGUCCAUCAGUUGGAUCGAUUUUCGUAGGUCCGGACCCGUCGUUCAACCCGAAUCUAUUUUCCGAGGACGAGGAGGAAUCGUCCCAGGAGUUCCAGGCUGCCACGAGGAGCACGUCCGAGAGGCAACCGCCACCGAUUGCGCCAAUGACACCGCGAAACGCGCGGCUCAAUUCAAAUCGUCCGAAGUCUCAGGUUUCCAAUCAAUUCAUGGCCAGCGAAGCCCUGCCCUCGACUCUGUCCAGGGUCGACAAUUUCGAGAACGAGCUACCGUACGUGGACCUCCAGGAAAUCGGGAAUCUGUACGAAAAUUUGAGGAGCGGCACGACGAACACUUAUCGGACACCGCCGAGGCACAACCCGCCUCGAUGCUGCGACGUGCCGGCGUUGCAGUCACCGAAGAACGCAGUCGCGCCCACGCAGACUAUAAUUGCGACGUCGAACACGGAAACGGAUUAUACGAACAAUAUUCAAAGAAUGAAAACCGCCCUCGCCGACCAACAGCCGGGGUUGAUCUCUAAGAAGGAGCUCGAGAAUAACAAGUUCAAUCAGAUCUCUCAGGACGAUAAGAACGUACUGACGUCCUGCCCGUCGACUAUCAUUCCCAUGUCGAUGCACAACGGGCAGACCCCGAGUACGGAAGCCUCGAGCAGUCACGUUUGCUCCCAGGGUUACAUCGUAAACGGUUUAGACACGAACAACGGCUGUUCCCAACCGAUAUUUCUUAAUAGCCUGCACGGCGUAGCGUGUUCGAGCAACAUGAACGGUAUCCAGGGUAAAAAUAAUCACAACGCCAGCAGUACGGCGAGCGUUAACCAAACGUCUUCAGCAAACGCCCAACACGGAUCGAGUAACGGUCCCUUUAGCAAGAACGGCAUUCACUUGUCCAACAAUCAUUCGCCGGCCUGUUCUUAUCAAUUCCCGGAGAACAUCGAUCAAUGCAUUGGACAAACUUGUUUGUAUUGCACGUCGAAAGUGAAAGAUCCCAAGUGUCACGAGUUGUACGGGAAGACGAACGGCGGUCAAUCGAGUGCUUGCAGCACUGCGAACGCUACCAGCCGCGCGGACGAGAUGCGUUUCAUCGAUGAGGAAGCUCGCGCGGAAGCGGAAGCGUUCGAUCAAUCGCGAGUCGUUCACAGAACGCCGACGGUGGUCAGCAUAGGUCCUUUAUGCAUAAACGAUCCUAUAGUUCGAAGCUGCAGCGUCGGUUAUUUGGACAUGGUCGACGCUCAGCUGGUCCCUUGCGACGUCGCUUUGAACAUGCUGAGGAAGGAGGCACCUAACAAAAGACUGGUACUGGUGUCGAGAAAGACGAAGAGGAGAAAAAAGAAUAAAGCGCAACAGGAGAUAGGGCAGCAGACCUCCAAGUCGCCGAGGCUCCGGAACUGCGGUAAAUCGAAGAGUCUGGACUCUAGCGACAUAUUCCCCACUAACGAGCAAAUAGCUCUGCCGCCUAAGUUGCCCGAGCAUGUUGAAGAAGCGACGGGAGCCACGAAUCUCGAAGCCGUCGAGGACAAGAGUAACGAGUCUUUGGAAAAAUCGGCGGAAGUAAUUGAGGCGCUGAGUGAAUGCGCGCAUAUCGUAGAACACGUAUAUGCGGUUAAUUCUAGCGAAGUUAAGCCAAGCCGAUUAAAAAGUUGCAAUUCCUCUGCUAGAGGAUCUAGUCCAAGCGGUUCGUUAGCAUCAUCGUUAGACGGACUCGCGGCUAGACUUCGAGACUUCGACGAAAGUCACUCCCUGCCACCGCCGUCGCCUCGUCCAUCCGCCAGACUACCGAGAAGUUCUCCCAGCAGUCCGGCGCCUUCGAAGAAAGGUAAAAGGCCGGCCUCCGCCUCGCCAAUUAGAAGAAGACUUUUGUCGAGUCCAUUAUUAAGUAGAAAAACGCGUAAAAGUCGCGGCGAAAGUUCAGACGAGGAGGGGCUAUUGCAAGACGAGUCGUCGACGAACUAUCGAGAUCUGGAGACGUUCCAAAAGGCGCAAUUGCGGCAAAAG